GGUACAACUCACUCGGCCGCACGAAUAUCAGUAUCCCAUGGUGUGCAUCGAGUCAUGCAUGAUUCCCCCAUUGUACCGUUUGCCAUUUUCCUAUACGGGUACGCCCGUGCAGAUUCCUAUGGUUAUCCGGGUGGACUGCGAUUGGCUGAUCUUACGCUGGAGUGCGUGCCAGGGCACCCAGGGGAUGGCUUGGAUAACGAUUGUGAUCGAAGGAUUGAUGAGGAAAUCAAGAACUUUAUUGAUGAUGAUAAUGACGGUAUAAUAAUAUUUGCAUGUUUUUUAUACGAUGGGUAAAUCAUCUCACUCAGUAUUUUGAGGUAUUUUGAAGAGUGAAGAAAAUCAAUUUAUAUAAUAACUACAUGAUUAUUACGAUUUAUUACGAUAAUUUAUUACGAUUUUCUCUAGGUCGUAUCGACGAGGAUUUGGUAACCGAACCGCCAGAGAUCGUCCUAGAUCUUGAUACAGUUCUGCUCAACGGCUGUCCCGCACAGGUGAAGAAAAAACUGAAAGAACCAAACGUUAUUUCGGCCCCGCUGUGUAGCAGCAGAGGACCAAUCAAAUUGUCGUACGUGGACAACGUGUACGAGAAAGACUGCGUGCAGUAUAUUGACCGAAUGUGGCUUGUGCGGGACGGUUGCGGGAACCUCGCGAAUGCCACGCAGCAGAUACGGAUCAGGCGACCCGAAAUGAGCGUCACGUUUCCUGAUGAUGUGCGAGGGAAAUGCCGUUUAGGCGAGGUAAGGAAAAAACCCCACAGUAUUCUGGUCAGCGCGCGUCAUCUUUUGACCAUGCGCAUCAACAUGUUUUUUAUGAUAACCGCUUAUUUAAUUUCAAGGAAAUUUUCUUCCCAGGUCAAGGAAAUAUACUGAAAUUUUGACACGAAAGUAACAUGUUAGAUGUUUAUGAAUACAUAUUAGUAUGAUUUAAUGCUGGCAUAUUUUUGUGAGAGAAUAUAACAUAUUCUUAAUAGACAUUUCCCCUUUUGAGUGAAAUUUUGAUCUAGACAAGUCUGGACAAAAAUUUCAUCACAGCUUGAAAGAGCAUUACAAAGUUAGUAAUAUUCCGAAGUUGCGUUGUCAAACUGAUUACCAAUUUCCUAUUUGUAAUACAAAAUUACUGAAAAACAGCAAACUUCGCAAGGCUGUAUUAUCCGCAUUUUACAACAUUUCGCAACGAAACUUCGGAAUAUUACUAAUUUUGUGAUGCUCUUUCAAGCUGUGAUGAAAUUUUUAUCCAGGCUUGUCUAGAUCAAAAUUUCACUCAUAAGGGGAAAGGUCUAUUGGGAUUCAUAUUUGAUAUAUUUCUAUUAUUUUAUACAGCUGAACAUUUAAUAUUAUUCUAUAUAGUAGCACUUACAUUGUAUCCUAUGUAAACUUGAUGACAGUUUAAUAUUAAGCAUAAAAAAUCAAUGUACACUGCAUGCACUUACAGAAACUAGAAAUGUACUAUUUCUGCAAAACGCGUUCCAAUAAAGGAAGAAAUGUACUCACUAUUUCUGCAAAACGCGUUCCAAAGGAAAAAAUGUACUCACUAUUUCUGCAAAACGCGUUCCAAAGGAAAAAAUGUACUCACUAUUUCUGCAAAACGCAUUCCAAAGGAAGAAAUGUACUCACUAUUUCUGCAAAACGCGUUCCAAAGGAAAAAAUGUACUCACUAUUUCUGCAAAACGCGUUCCAAAGGAAAAAAUGUACUCACUAUUUCUGCAAAACGCAUUCCAAAGGAAGAAAUGUACUCACUAUUUCUGCAAACGCGUUCCAAAGGAAAAAAUGUACUCACUAUUUCUGCAAAACGCGUUCCAAAGGAAAAAAUGUACUCACUAUUUCUGCAAAACGCAUUCCAAAGGAAGAAAUGUACUCACUAUUUCUGCAAAACGCGUUCCAAAGGAAAAAAUGUACUCACUAUUUCUGCAAAACGCGUUCCAAAGGAAAAAAUGUACUCACUAUUUCUGCAAAACGCAUUCCAAAGGAAGAAAUGUACUCACUAUUUCUGCAAAACGCGUUCCAAAGGAAAAAAUGUACUCACUAUUUCUGCAAAACGCGUUCCAAAGGAAAAAAUGUACUCACUAUUUCUGCAAAACGCGUUCCAAAGGAAAAAAUGUACUCACUAUUUCUGCAAAACGCGUUCCAAAGGAAGAAAUGUACUCACUAUUUCUGCAAAACGCGUUCCAAAGGUUUUUUAAAGAAAAAAACCCCCAACAAAAAAACACCUGAAAAAAGCCGUGGGCGCGCGUCAAUUUUGGAGAGAGAAACUGAUUGGAUACCGAAUACUUUCACUUUUUUCUCCUAAUUGUAAAUCAACUAAAAGAUUCUGUAUAUAUUACUUAAAACACUGACAAGCCCUUCUCGAAUUCAAAGUAACCUUCUGCGCCAAGCUUCAGCAGUUAUUUAUUGUUUCAGGAUAUGUCUGUAAUGGGUGAGCCGAGAGUGAGAAUGAGCUGCAAGGAAGAUCGUUUCUCAGUGAAGUAUCGCGAUACUCCAGCAUUGAUCGAGUGCAUCAGACGAGGAAGAACCAUUGCUAGAGAGUGGACUGUCAAGGCCUCGUGUGGUAGCGUUAUUAAACACAUGCAGAAGUUGUUGCCAGGUAUGUAUUUCAACCAUCUUCACCUCUAUAUGUGAUCAGCUCUCCUCAGACCUAAAAGUAUCAAAAAACGGGUCGGACAUAUAUGUAUUGUGAUGUCCGAUGACUUUGAGUUCAGUUUGGCUUGGAAACAAGCUAAGUACACUGAACUAUAAAUAAACUGGAAGGCUAACUGCUAUGAUGAAGGCCUAUGAUUUGAUGAAGCCAAAAUAGUUUUUCUGAGUUAUGAGCAGAAAUACUUGACCCCAAACGUCGGGCUAUAUAUCAAAUUGAAGCUAUUGAAAAUUGCUAUUCGGUGUGGAAAUUUCAAGACUUCAGCGAAAAGAAAAAUAUUUAAAAAAUACAAAAACAACUGCAAAACGGCAAAUUAUCGGUAAUUAUGUUUGUAGUUUUUCAAUAUAGCUUCAAUUUGAUAUAUUGCCCAACGUUCAGUGUUGAGUAUUUCUGCUCAUAACUCAGAAAAAUUAAAAUGCACUGACUUCAAUCCCCCCCCCCCCUGAGUUAGCCUUCCAGUUUAUUUAUAGUUCAAUGGCUAAGUAUGAAUGCAGACACGAAUUAAUAUCAGCACAAUUUGGAAAAGUCAUUUGAAUCUUGGCAAUGAAUUUCCGAACCCACGGUGAAAACCCCUCACUUGAUUACACAUUUCCAGUUCACUAUUUAUAUACCUAUAUAUACUGAUCCUCAAUUUAACAUACGAAACUCUACUUUCAAGUCACUUAUCACCUGUCCAUUCCGCCUCACCUUGCUUUAGUACUGUGCAAACUCCGGUUUUUCACGUCCGAGAUUAUAUUAAAGACUAUAAAUACAAAAGUCUUAAAUCGUUACCAGCUCAAGACUUACACACGCAAAAAUCUCACAUCUUGUAGCAAGUCAGCCAACAACCCGUCGACAAGUUGUUUUCGCACCGCUUGUUCCGAGUUAUCAACAAGUUUGGAACAAGCUGUUAACAACUUGUAACAACCUUGUUGAUAUUAUCAGACUUGUUGCGAGGUUGUUCCAAGAAGUCCGAUACAGUCAUGAUAUAACAAUAUUGUUACAACCUUGUGUCGUCAACCUUGUAACAUUCUUGUUAUAUAUCAUGACUGUAUCAAACUUGUUAGAACAACCUUGUAACAAGUCUGAUAAUGCCAUCAAGCUUGUUGCAAGUUGUUAACACCUCGUUGCAAACUUGUUACAACAACUGGGAACAAGCAGUGCGAACACAACUUGUCGACAGCUUGUCAACAAAUUUGUAACAACUUGUUUGCAGACUUGUAACAAUUUGUGCGUUUUUACAAGAUGCGAGAUUUUGCGUGUGUACAAGUAUACAGUACAAAUCUUGAAUUGUCGCAUCCUGGCUUACAUUUUUUUCUCAUUUCUUUCCCAAGAUGUCACUCCUCCUAAGAUCAACUUUGUUGGACAACUUCAAUACCGCGUGAAGCGAGAUUUCAGAAUCAGCUGGAAUGCAAGUGAAGAAGCCACAUUCGAGUGUGCGUUGGACGGACCGAACGAACCUCGUCCAUGCGGGAAAGGUUGGGGUGAAACGUGGUCAAAACGUGAUAUACCUGACGGAAAACACGUGUUCUGGGUUAGGGGAACUGAUCUCGCAGGCAAUACUGGAGCAUAUAUCAGACACCCGUUUCAAGUUGGUAAGAAUUGUAGUAAUAUUAUAAUAGUAAUAUUAUACUGUAUAUUGGCUUUUACCAUGUAUUUUAAAUUAAAGCCAUACCAUGUAUUUUAAAUUAAAGCCAUACCAUGUAUUUUAAAUUAAAGCAAUAACUCUAUAAGCACCCCCCCUAGAGAAAUCUAUUACCACCCUAAGAACAUCUGUUUGACCCAUACAUUUUUAGCCUGCGAACAGGCUCUCUUUGAACUCUCUUUGAAGAGCCUGUUCGCAGGCUAUACAUUUUCUGCUUUUGGAGCAGCGAUUAGCUCAAUCUCGUUCCCAGAGUAUGCCUGUUCGCGGGUUAGGUAGUGUCAUGCCACUACCUAACCCGCGAACAGGCAUACUCUGGGAACGAGAUUGCGAUUAGCUCUACUGUUAACGCGUGUCGAUUUCUUGAAACGAUUUAAUUGAUUUGUGAGCUCACGAGAAAAUACUCAGAUUGCUUUAUUUAAAGGCACAGUUCAGCGUUUUGAAUGAUGGUUUUUAAGGCGCAUUUUAGCCCUUUUAAUUGAAAAAAACUAACUAGGAAAAUCAAUUAAGCAUAAUUCAAGAUCAGCAAACUUAAUGUUUUUAACAUUUUAAAACAUUCUUAUUGUCAAAAACAUUCAGUUUACUGAUCUUGAAUUAUGCAUAAUUGAUUUUCAUGGUUAGUUUUUUUUAAAAACCAUCAAUCAAAACGCUGAACUGUGCCCUCAAAAUACAUUUAUUAAACUCUGCACAAUUCAGCUGUUAGCUGCGAUUCAGAUUUUUAAUAAAUUCAAAUCAACUAUGUUUUCUUUCAGAUAACACUGGACCACGCCUUGAAUUUAUGCAGCCAUUGCAAUCGCUAAGCCAAGGUCCUAUGGUAAUCAAAUGGAGAUCAAACGAAAUGGCAAGAUUCAAAUGUGGGCUCAAUCCAGAAAGGCUAGAGCAGUGUGGUUCUGGCACGGAGGGGAAGGACUACAGAAGAGACCUCCGCGAUGGUACCUAUAGCUUUUAUGUUGGAGCUGUGGAUCAAAUUGGAAACGAGGCUACGAUAAUCAAACAUACAUUCAGAAUCGGUAUGUGAUGUAUUUGUAUGAGGAAAUGCAGAUUAAUUUGAGGUUUGAGGCUAUGCAGUGUUGAUAUAAUAGUAUGGUACUGUAUUUUGUGUGCUGUGGUAUAUGACAUGGUAUGCUGUGGUAUAUUAUGCUGUGACAUGGUGUGCUUUGUUCUGGUUUUGUAUGGUAUGGUAUGGUAUGGUAUGGCAUGGUAUGGUAUGGUAUGGUAUGGUAUGGUAUGGCAUGGUAUGGUAUGGUAUGGUAUGUGUGGUAUCGUAUACUGUGUAAUAUGCUAUGGUAUAGUAAUAUGGCAUUGUAUGGAACUGUAUGUACUAUUUAAAACACGCGCAGCACGAGCAUUUUAGAUAUGAUAAAACACGACUACAAGUGUUUUGAAUAGCUUCAAACACGGCUACAAUAGAUGUCGUCUCAUUAGUAUUCUCUUUAAUUUACCGUCACAUAACCUAUAUUUCCUCAUAUUAUUUAGAUUCGACUCCACCCCGCAUCAAAUUUGGUAAAUCAUCGCGACCCACACUCAACUCUAGGGUGGAUCUCCCUGUCCUAUCAAACGAAUUUGCCAGGUUGAAUUGCUCUCUUGAUGACCAACCUUACAUCCCUUGCGGAAUUGGUCUGAAGGGGAGAUUUGUCGCACGAAAUCUGGCAGAAGGUCCUCACGAAUUAAUAGUAAAAGCUGUAGACGAAGCAGGCAAUCAGGCAGACCCAAUCUCCUUGAAAUGGAAUUCUGGUAAGUUUUGUUAUAUAAGAGACAUAAAGAUGGACGUUUACGACAGACGGUUAACUGCAAACGGCAAACUAAAUCGUAUUUUGAGGUGAACUGUCAGCUGUUCGAAGUUAGGACAAUUUCAUGUGCAUUAAAAUUGGAGCAUGAAUUUAUUUAUUAAAGGGCAUAUGACUCGGAAAUUGACGGUGUAAUUUUUUAGUCCAAUUUGAAAGAUCAUUGAAAAUUGUAGAGUAACUUCUUUGACAGAUUUUUGUUUUCUUGCUUCGUUUUGGAGAUAUUUUAUUUUGUAUGAUAUGCAAAGGACCAACUUUCUACGUCACACAUGCAUUACUUACUUUAAAAUGUUAUGUAAUUUUGUCACUAUCAAAUAAAUCGCUCAAAAUGAAUAAUGAGCACGAGAUUUGUCCACAACAACACCCAUGUAGGUUUUCUACUGAUUGUGUUUAGUCGUAUUAAAGAUGUACAGCUUUUAGGGAUAAAUCAUUAUGCAUGUGUGACGUAGGAAGUUGGUCCUUUGCAUAUCAUACAAAAUGAAAUAUCUCCAAAACGAGGGAAGAAAACAAAAAUCUGUCAAAGAAGUUACUCUACAGUUUUCAAUGAUCUUUCAAGUUAGACUAAACGUUCAUACAAACAUGACAAUACAACAGCAGAACAUGCACAUCACUGAAUCUAACAACAUCGCCUUCAGCUACAGCAAGCUAUUUCAUUGUUCAUAUUCCGAGGACAGUUACAUCUUAAACAUAUUGUCUUCCAUGUUCUUGGAUCAUCUGUAUCAUAACGACCAUUGAGGGCAGAUGUAGUAUACCAACAAUAACGAUUUAAAUUGAUGUUGUCCAUCCUCAAGUUCAGUUGUAGUGCAUUCCAAAUUCUAAUUAACUUAGCUUAUAAUUAGCUGUAUCUAAGGCUGGUUUACACUAUCAAAGUUUCUGUGAUCACAGUAGGAAUUUUGCAAAGGUAAAUUCUAAGUUUCGAAGGAUUUGUAAGAAAUGUGUGAGAGAAUUGACUCAGUGUUAAAGUGCAUAUGACAUGAAAUUUUUUAUUUUCUUAAAUGAAAGAACUCUUUAAGCUGUAGUGUAACUUAUUUUUCAGUUUCUUGUUUUUAUGGUUUGUUCCCGAGAUAUUUCAAUUUGUUUUGUAUGUUAAUGAGUGUGAAUAUGUCCGCUAAUUUAUGACGUCAUGUUGGUUGCAGGCUCCUUAAAAUGGUUGAAUAUCAGUGCUAUCAUCUAGGAUAAUAAUUUCAAAAUUCACUCACUGGUAAAUGUGAUAAAUACAGGAUUAAAAUGUAAACUGAUAUCUACAGUUUUUAGAGUUAAUAGAUUUUUUGUUAUAUAAAGUACUGUGCUUUAUGUACUAUUUAAAAAACGAGCGGGAGUGUUUUAUUAGGUUUAAAGCCACAAGAGCGCAGCGCGAGUGGCUUUAGACCUAAUAAAACACGACCCGCGAGUUUUUUAAAUGACUUCAAAAACGUACGCAUAAUAAGUCAAAUCUUUAUAUAAAAACCUUUAUAUAAAAAUCUUUAUAUAAAAAUCUUUAUAUAAAAAUCUUUAUAUAGUUUGCAUAACAAUGGUCUUUUGUUAAAGUGUUCUUUAGCUGGUAUAAAGACGUAUGCACGUGACUAAUUUCUUACUCAAGAUUGGAUAAUUGCUUCAUGAAUUAUUAAUGAGUUUUUGAAAGAGAUUUCAAAAACUCAUUAAUAAUUCAGGAGGAAAACACAAAGAAAAAUUAUAAGCGUGUCGUGGUUUUAUAUGUGAUAAAAAAUCAUGUUAUUUUACAUAAACUUUAGCUUUGAUUUUCUCGGUUUAGACAAAGUUUAUUUUAAAAAUUACUUCGCAAAUGAACUCGUAUAAGAUGAGUCGUUUUUGAAGCCAUUUAAAGCACUUGUAGUCGUGUUUUAUCACAUAUAAAACACUCCGCUACGCGUCGUGUUUUAUAUGUGAUAAAACACUCCUACGCGUGCUUUAAAUAGUACUUCGAGCACUGAUAAAAGUAGUGAUAAUCUCACAUGUGAGAUUAUUCAUAAUAAUCUCACAUGUGAAAAUUAUCGCUUUUCAAUUAUCGCUUUUCUGUAAAAAUUAUCGCUUUUCAAAGACUAUCCUUUAUAUAAUAAACACAAAAAUACAUGGGUGCUUGGAAAUACCAGAUUUAUUUCUCGUGUUCAACAUGAUAUCUCACUCGUUCGCCGUUCGCUGCGCUCACUCGUGAGAUAUCAUGUUCAUCUAUCUCGGGAACAAACCAUAAAAACAAGAAACUGAAAAAUAAGUUACACCACAGCUUAAAGAGUUCUUUCAUUCAAGAAAAUAAAAAAUGUCAUGUCAUAUGCACUUUAGACAUCAAAUAUUUCAUAGAAAUCCUUCAAAACUUAUGCAAAAUUCCUAAUGUGAUCAUAUAGAAACUUUGAUAGCGUAAACACUAGCCUUUAGGUGUCGAAAAUGUGAAGAAUGCGAUUUGAAGUUUGUCGUUUGCCGUUAUUAAAACUUUUAAUUUGUUUAAACUGAAAAUUCCGUGUAUUCCACAUCAAUCCAAAAUUCCAGCUCACAAAUCGUUCCAUUUCUCACACACAUUUCAGACAAAACUUCCCCAAACAUUCUCUUCACGCCUGGAUUGCCGACGAAGUUCCGUGAGAGGCCUAGAGCGACCUGGACCUCGACAGAAUAUGCAAGAUUUGAGUGUUCCCUCGACGACGACACUCGAUUCAGAUCCUGCGGCCGAGGCACGCGUGGACAGUGGACCAAAAACCGAGUGCCCGCGGGAGUCCACGAUUUAUUUGUGCGCGGCACAGACAGGCAUGGCAAUGUUGGACCCACUGCAAGUUUCAGGUUUUCCAUAGGUGAGUAGGAAUCUGUGAGUUGGUUUUGUAUUUUCAGAGCUCAAAAUAAUGGGAGAUAGGUCUCCGGUCAAAAUGAUCGGUCAACUUGAUUUUAGCUCGGUCAAAGUCUGUUUUUGACCGGUCAUUGAUACGCUUACGCUACUAACAGUGAAAUAAACUAUUAGAAACUUGUUUCGAUACAUCAUAGGUUCAUGUUUGAAUUCAAGACGUCAGCAAUCGCAUUGGAAGGCAUGAAAAUGUGACCGGUCAAGAGACUUUUUUGGCUACAAUAUCCUCGUUUGAGCCUAAUAGUUUACAACAUUCUUUUACUCGUGUCAACAUCAAUUUAUCCUUGACUUUAGUAAUUUGUGGUGAGCCGAAAACCGUGAAAUGAAAUCAAGUCAAUCGCUCAAAAAUGUUUUCCUCUGUGUUGUCGACUUGUCGUUACUAUGGUUCGUCAACUCUGCACGAAUCUCCUUCUCCUAUAGUAACACCAUAGUUAAUAGAAUAGAUGGUUUGGAAACUCAUUAGAAUAACAAUAUAACUCAUUAUCUAUGUUACUCAACGUUUAUUCAUAAAUCUUGUCGUUCACGGGCACGUGCCUACUGUAUUUUUGCCCAACUAACCAAUAGUAAUAUUAGUCUUAGGAAAGUUACCUAUCCGUGACUCGAACAAUAGGGUAAAUUGAAAAUUGCUAUUGGUGGAUUUGGCAAGAACACAAUACACACGUGACGGUGGACGACUAUGUUUAUAAGUAAUAGCAUAGAAAGAGGCGAAUUAGCUAUUAAAACGUCCCGCCCGAUGAGGGUCGUUUAGUAAAAUUCCCUUGGGCGCCACUCGAUGAGGGUCAUUUUUUCGGCCCGAGGGAAUUUUACUAAAUGACCCUCAUCGAGCGGCGCCCAAGGGAAUUUUACUAAACGACCUUCAUCGGGCGGGACGUUUUCAAUAGCUAAUUCGCCUCUUUCUAUGCUAUUACCUUGUAAUAUCAUGAUUGCGGGUAUUCCCGUUGUUCUCGCAAAACCAAUUAACAAUAAAUAAUGGUAUAAAUUAAAUGGUAUAAUUGUUUUCCAUUUCUUUGUUUAGUUUUGGCGAUUUCAGAUAUAUUCAUUUUUUCUAAUCGUACCCGCUUUGACGUCGUUUCGGGUAGGAUUACAACUAAUUCUACCUGACAUGACGUAAAAGCGGGUACGAUUAGAAAAAAUGAAUAUAAAUGAAGAUAUCUGAAAUCGCCAAAACUAAACAAAGACAGGGAAAACAAUUACACCAUUUAAUUUAUACCAUUAUUUAUUGUUAAUUGGUUUUUAAUGAGAGAACAACGCCAACGGGAAUACCCGCAAUCAUGAUAUUAUAAGGUAAUAGCAUAAAAAGAAGCGAAUUAGCUAUUGAAACGUCCCGCCCGAUGAGGGUCGUUUAGUAAAAUUUCCUUGGGCGCCGCUCGAUUCGGGUCAUUUAGUAAAAUUCCCUCGGGCCUUCGGCCCUCGGGAAUUUUACUAAAUGACCCUCAUCGAGCGGCGCCCAAGGGAAUUAUACUAAACGACCCUCAUCGGGCGGGACGUUUUAAUAGCUAAUUCGCUUCUUUUUAUGCUAUUACUUAUAAAUAAACGUUGACUAACAUAGAUAAUGAGUUAUGUUGUUAUUCUAAUGAGUUUAUAAUGUUAUUCUAUUAACUAUGGUAACACUAUGGACCGCUAAGGAGAACAGUGUCCGCAAUUGUUUUGAAGUCGGCAUCUGCCAGAAUCUGAAAAUAUCCCAAUAAUGUGGACAGGGUCGGCGAGAGGCGGGGGGGGGGGCGGAUUUCCCCCGGGCCCCCACCUUAAUAGGGCCCCAACUUGAGAGCGAGAGCCUAAAAUUGAAUAGGUUUUUUAAAUUGGUCAGAGCAUUUUGAAAUUGAGGGCCCCUUACAGUAGCUCCACAUGCAGUCUAGCUAAGGUCUGACUUGGGUCUAGCUUAAAAAUAAUGAUAUCAUGAGCCCCCCAGAGAAGAUUUGCCCCGGGCCCCGCGACUUAUCUCGGUGGCCCAGAAUGUGGACCCACCUUUGAAAUGUCUGUUUCACUCUAUUUUAGACAACAAGUAUCCAAUAGUUUACCUGAACGAGCCACUACCUAGGACCUCUACCAGCCAAACAGCGACAUUCAGAUGGACCAGCAAUGAAAUGGCUUACUAUAAAUGUGCUGUGAAUGAUACGAGCAAGUUUGUAAACUGUGGUAGUGGCACUACUGGCGACUGGACUACACCGCCAUUGUCAGAUGGCAAACAUACGUUUUAUCUCACUGCCAAAGAUGAAGUUGGAAAUAAUGCACCGAGUUUGAGCCAUUCGUGGAACAUUGGUGAGUUGGAGCUGGUUCUAUGUAAGGUUAAGUAGAAUUAAGAAAAAACACGAAAGAUUAGUCCAGUCUAAUUAAUGUGUGGCAGCACUUUUCCAGUCCCAGGACUUGAUCAAACUUCAUCCAGUCUUAGGACUUGAUCAGACUUCAUCCAGUCCAAGGAAUUGAUCAAACUUCAUCCAGUCCUAGAAUUUGAUCAAACUUCAUCCAGUCCUAGAAUUUGAUCAAACUUCAUCCAGUCCUAGAAUUUGAUCAGACUUCACCCAAUCCUAGGACUUGAUCAAACUUCAUCCAGUCCUAGGACUUGAUCAAACUUCAUCCAGUCCUAGGACUUGAUCAAACUUCAUCCAGUUCUAGGACUUGAUCAAACUUCAUCCAGUCCAGGGACUUGAUAAAAACUUCAUCCAGUCCUAGGACUUGAUCAAACUUCAUCCAGUCCUAGGACUUGAUCAAACUUCAUCCAGUCCUAGGACUUGAUCAAACUUCAUCCAGUCCUAGGACUUGAUCAAACUUCAUCCAGUCCUAGGACUUGAUCAAACUUCAUCCAGUCCUAGAAUUUGAUCAAACUUCAUCCAGUCCUAGAAUUUGAUCAAACUUCAUCCAGUCCUAGAAUUUAAUCAGACUUCACCCAAUCCUAGGACUUGAUCAAACUUCAUCCAGUCCUAUAAGACUUGAUCAAACUUCAUCCAGUCCUAGGACUUGAUCAAACUUCAUCCAGUCCUAGGACUUGAUCAAACUUCAUCCAGUCCUAGGACUUGAUCAAACUUCAUCCAGUCCUAAGACUUGAUCAAACUUCAUCGAGUCCUAGGACUUGAUCAAACUUCACCCAGUCCUAGGACUUGGUUAAACUUCAUCUAGUCCUAAGACUUGAUCAAACUUCAUCCACUCCUAAGAUUUGAUCAAACUUCAUCCAGUCUUAGGACUUGAUCAAACUUCAUAUUUUCAUAAGACGUGAUUAAAUUUCAUCUAGUCCUUAGAACAUGAUUGAACUUCGUCCUGUCCCAUGACGAAUUUGUUAAUGAACCAGUUAUACUUAUUUAUAAUUUGGUUUUCAGCAAAAACGGAAUAGACGUUUUGAACAGGGUAAUGGCCCUGAAAGAUUGCCAUUUUUGUUAAAGAAAGAUCAUAUUUGUUUACCAUAUUGUGUAUUCAAACUGUAUGCCUUGAGAAUAUUAUAUUAAAACAACGCUAUAAUGUUCUUUCUGUAGAUACUAUUUCUCCUGUGCUGAACUUCAUCGGAACGUUACCGGAUAAUGUAAACAACAACAAUCAGAAAUUCAGUUGGACUUCAUCAGAGUAUGCGCAGUUCACCUGUUUCAUUGAUUCUGAGACACAGCCUAUUCCAUGCGGUUCUGGGAAAAGGGGAAGCUGGACUUCUGGCGAACUGCUUGAUGAUUCACAUACGUUCAGAGUGUUUGGUACAGACACUUAUGGAAACCAGGGACCUGUUAUUCAACACACUUGGGACAUUGGUAGGUAUUUGGUAUUUUUUUUUGCUCUGCACUGUACUGUACUGUACUGUACUGUACUGUACUGUACUGUACUGUACUGUACUGUAUUGAAGUGCUACUUUCUUGUCAUUUUUAGCCUAAAAACUCCACAUUCCCAAGGAGAAACUAGUUUAAUUAAUCGACGUAAAUUGACGUUUAAGAAAUAACAAGAAAUUCCGUAUUAAAUUGUUAAAAAUGAAAAUUCCGGGUAAAACACGACCCUUGCUGGACAAUUUGCUUCCAGCAAGAACAGUUUAGAACUGAUAGAGCUACCCAGUAUAAAUAAAGUUAGUUUAGUUUAGGUUUCCUCCUGUAGUAACACUUGAUUAAUAAGAGAUGACCCUUACUGGUCCUCGAGGAAGAACAGUUUAGAACUGAUAGAACUACCCAGUAUAAAUAAAGUUAGUUUAGUUUAGGUUUCCUCCUGUAGUAACACUGGAUCAACAAGAGAUGAUCCUUACUGGACCUCUAGGAAGAACAAUUUAGAACUGAUAGAGCUAUCCAGUAUAAAUAAAGUUAGUUUAGUUAAGGUUUCCUCCUGUGGUAACACUGGAUCAACAAGAGAUGAUCCUUACUGGACCUCUAGGAAGAACAAUUUAGAACUGAUAGAGCUAUCCAGUAUAAAUAAAGUUAGUUUAGUUUAGGUUUCCUCCUGUAGUAACACUGGAUCAAUAAGAGAUGACCCUUACUGGUCCUCGAGGAAGAACAGUUUAGAACUGAUAGAGCUAUCCAGUAUAAAUAAAGUUAGUUUAGUUUAGGUUUCCUCCUGUAGUAACACUGGAUUAAUAAGAGAUGACCCUUACUGGUCCUCGAGGAAGAACAGUUUAGAACUGAUAUAACUACCCAGUAUAAAUAAAGUUAGUUUAGUUUAGGUUCGCUGACCUGUACAUAACAUUAAGCGAAGUUUAGGGAGAGCAGUUUAGAACAGAAAGAGCUAUCUAGUAUAAACCUAUAAGAUAGAACCAACUGUCUAGUGUCCAGUGCAUUUCUAAAUUAACAUGUUCUAUUUCAGACACACAAGCACCAACUGUGAAUCUUGCCAAAGUGCCUGAUACUAUAAACAAACCUAACGCGCAAUUCAAUUGGACAUCAAGUGAACCUGCCACAUUCAAGUGCGCUCUGGAUGAUGACAUAGAGGGUGAAGAGUGUGGCGAGGGGACAGAUGGGGAUUAUCUUACACCAACCUUGGUUGAUGGGGAACAUGAGUUUAGAUUACUGGUUGAGGACAAGGUCGGCAAUUUGGCACCCUUGAUCCGCUCCAAAUUUAAUAUAGGUAAAUAGUGUCUCACAAUGUAGGGUAGAUAUCAAGAUUUUUUUGUGGCAUCUAACUAAAAGAGGUUCAAUUCCUGCAAGGGACCUAAAGUUGCAUUUUUCGCUUCUAUUCCUGGUUAGGUGUAAUAAAUGUAUAUAAAUUUCCACUUGACAAUUUCCAUCUACAAUACCCAUCAAAUAUUAUUCAUUCCAGUGAGAUGCAACAAAAAUGUUGAUAUUUACCCAUAACCUAUACAUGGCAGUAAUCUAGUAUACAUACAUAAACUUGUGGUUAGAGCUCGACAACUGGUCCCUGUAGCUCAGUUGCGCGCGUCUGUAGCUCAGUUGCCUUUAUAUAAUACCUUAUUGAAUUCUGAUCGUUUAAUUGGCUGUUUAUGGUCACGUGAUAUUGAAUAGAAAAUUCCAUUUCCCAAGAGUGCAAUGGAAUACGUUCCAUUGCACUCUUUGCGAGUGCAAUUGUACUAUAUACGUUUUAUUCCAUUGCACUCUUUGGGUUUUCGAUAAAUCGCAUCCGUCAAAAUGCUUCUCGUACGGUGAUCGUAGUUUAUUUUAACUCGAUUUUCGAAACUCAGUAAAUAGGAUUUAAUGCAAAUACGACUCGUGAAAAUGGCGGGAGCUUACAGUAAACCUUUUAAUAUUAGUCUAUUUUGGUAUUAUAUAAAACAAAUAAUGAAUGUUUUAUUCGUGCAAUGGUAAGAAUAUUUUCAUUCGGUGAAAGAUGGAAUGUUCCAUUCAACUCGGCUGUCGCCUCGUUGAAUGGAACAUUCCAUCUUUCACCUCAUGAAAGUAUUCUUACCAUUGCACUCAUAAACAUUCAUUAUUUGUAUACACCCGGUACAUAAACUUGUGGUUAGAGCUCGACAACUGGUCUCUGUAGCUCAGUUGCGCGCGUCUGUAGGUCAGUUGCCUCUAUAGCUUAAUUGGUUAGACCGCUGCACCGGAAUCGCAGGGCCGCAGAUUCAAUUCCUGCCAGGCCCCUAAAGUUACAUUUUUCGCUUCUGUUGCUGGUUAUUUCUAAUAAAUGUUUAUAAAUUUGCACUCUCAUAAUGUUGACCUAGGUGAUAGCUAACCCAUCUUUAAUCAUAAUAUGUUUUUCCAGACACCAGUCUUCCAGUGAUAACAUUUGAUAAACCGAGCCCCACAACACCUCAGAAAGAUCUUGGUGUAACGUGGACAUCUUCAGAGGAUGCUGAGUUCGAGUGUGCAUUAGAGACCCCCACGCAAUACGAAGCAUGUGGCAAAGGGACGACUGGAGGGUUCCAGAGGGAUGACCUGCCUGAUGGCCGACAUGCAUUGUAUGUACGAGGAAAGGAUGAUGUGGGGAAUGUUGGACUGCCCAGUGUUUACACUGUCACCACAGGUAAGGAAAUGAUUGUCUGUAGUUAGUUUUAUUAUAUUUUAAAGUGCAUAUGACAUGAAAUUUCUUAUUUCUUGAAUGACAGAAAUCUUUAAGCUGUAGUGUAACUUAUUUUUCAGUUUCUUCUUUUUAUGGUUUGUUCCCGAGAUAUCUCAGUUUGUUUGAUAUGUAAAUGAGUGUGAAUAUGUCCGCUAAUUUAUGACGUCACGCCGGUUGCAAGCUCUUUAAAAUGAUUGAAUAUCACUGCUAUCAUCCAAGGUGAUAAUUCCAAACUUCACUCACUGGUAAAUAUGAUGAAACACUGGAGAAAAACGUGAACUGAUAUCUACAGUUUUUAGAGUUAAUACAUUUAUAACCAGUGUAAGUUGAGCUUGCAACCAACGUGACGUCAUAAAUUAGCGGACAUAUUCACACUCAUUUACAUAUCAAACAAAUUGAAAUAUCUCGGGAACAAACCAUAAAAACAAGAAACUGAAAAAUAAGUUACAUUAUAGCUUAAAGAGUUCUUUUAAGAAAAUAAGAAAUUUCAUGUCAUAUGCACUUUAAAGGACAUUGGCAAUAAAAAAAAUAGUUUCGUUUCUUUGAAAGAACUCUUAAAACUAUAUAUUAAACUCUAUUACAGAUUGUUUAUAUCUUGUUUAGUUUUCAAAAUAUUUCGACUGAAAAAAGUGAGCUGUUCGCCAUCUUGGAUUAUUGAGGAUAUGCAUGUUACGUUAAGAGAGGGGUCACGCUAAGUUUUUAUCUUGAGAGUAAGCGAUCAAUAUGGGUCCAAAACUUCGUUUCUGGUUGCUGUCUGAAAUUUAGAAAUGAUUAAAAACAUUUCAAACAAUUUUGGAUUGUUACUCGGUCAUUUUAGAGUAGUUUUAUAUGGUUAACCCAAUUCCUAACGUCAUCAAAACCAUAGUUAAUGAGGUCAAGAAUUAGUCCAAGAUGGCGGCCAGCUGAUUAAUUCCAGUCUAAGUAUUUCGAGACCUAAGCAAGAUAUGACAAAUCUUGUCUUUGCCAGUGUAGGUAGUUCCAAUCAAAUGAACAAGCUUUCGUUGGUAAGAUACAACUACCUGAAAAAUAUAAGGAGAAUAUUCUUCGUUAGGUACUGUAGUUGCAUCCCUAUGCCAACGAAAGCUUGUUCAAGUAAAUGUAUUGGCUAUAGUUAGUUUUAUUAUAUUUUAAAUCAAUUUUAUGUAAAUCGCCAUGAUUUAUCUGUAUCAGAUACAGGGAUGGAUUUACUAGAGAGGGCUGCGGGGUGUGUGCACCCCCUAGCCCUGGCCAGAGGGGGUGCAGGGGGGGGUGUUAUUUUUCAUGAUAAAGCAAAAAAUUGUUGGAGACAAAAUGAGAUACAGUAAUUUGAGUAAUAACAUGAUGAUAAGCGAACUGUGAACAACAAUUCAAAUUCAAAUACAGUAGUCAAGCAAGACUUUGCAGUGGUGAAGCAAGUUGAUGGGCGGGCGGCACACAUGACCGACACAACUCGGCACUAGAGCUGGCAGAGCACCCCCCCCCCCUGCCAGAUCAUGCUGGAUCCAUCCCUGAUCAGAUAUAACAUGAGCAUCUGUAUCAGAUAUACAAACUCUUCACGCAGUUCAAGAGAGGGACGAUACGGUUGAAGAAAGUAAUUGUUUUACACGGCGAAACUUUAAACAUAAGAGAAGGGUUUUCACAAUUACGAGUACGACUAUGACUAACAAUUGACACAUAAUUAGAAACAUUUAAGUCAUAAUCACAAUGAGACGAUAAUGUAGGUUCGCUAAAGUAGACCUUCCUUUUCAUUUUCCAGAUCGAACACCUCCUUCGCUCAGAUUCACUGAUCAGAACAAUCCGCUCUCGAAGGAAACAACCGAAACCUUUACCUGGAGUGCAGACGAGACGGUGACAUUCAAAUGUAAAGUAGAUGAACGUGAGGAGAGCGAUUGUGGUCAAGGCAUAGACGGAGAGUUUACAACACCAAACCUUCCUGAUGGGGAACACGUUUUCCAGGUAUUGUUGGUUCACUCUUACUUCCUAAUCUCUUAGAGUAUGACUAACCCCAAAUAUGAUUUUUGGUAUGGGUAAUAUUUGGGUCAUUCUAAGAAGAAAUGUAAUAUAUCUUUAUAAUAAAAACCUCAACUUGGUCAACUUUUUCACUGUCAUAGUUUCCGGAUAUGAGGUCAUUAGGUGAAUUUUUGGUGCAAAAAAAACAAAAGAAAACUAAUUUGCAAUUCACCUAAUGACAUCAUAUCCGGAAACUUUUACAGUGAAAAAGUUGAUCAAGACGGAAUUUUUUAUUAUAAAGAUAUAUUACAUUUCGUCUUAGAAUGCCCCAAAUAUUACCAAUACAAAAAAAAUCAUAUUUGGGGUUAGUCGCACUUUUUAAAAUGAAACAAUUUAGAUGCUCUUUGCCAUUAAUGGUUAUGCAGAUCAUCUGUUAAACCAUUGUUAAUGACAAGAAAUAUGCCAAGCUAAUCCACUGUCUUGCUCUAACAAAUGUUCAACCAAAAAUGGGUGACGGAAAGUGCGGUUUCUGGAGAUAAGGGCCCACAGCAUCACGGUGAGAGCACGGGCCCUCGCCGUUAUGGACAUUGAAUCUCAUGUCCGAGUUGGGCUUCCCCGUGGUGAAGUGACCGAGAGAUGCGAAGAUGAGGGUAAGGGUCCCCGCCGUUAUGGACCUUGCUCCCCUUGCAUGUGUGUGCUUCACGUGGGGGCCAUGUGGACUUUGACAUGACCACUUUCCGCCCCGCCUUCUUUAUUUCUUCUUCAUAUAGGUAAAUUGAUUUACGUGAAACAGGUGCUUGUCCACUUCAAGUUACAAUAGUUAGUUACUAAUAGUGCCUAUUUAGUGCUUAUUCUUAAUAACUGAGGUGGAUGGAUGAGAUUUUUAUUAGAUAGAUCAGUCCACUGUAUUGUAUUGUUCAUCUAACAACAGGUAACACCAAUCGACGAGGCUGGAAACAAAGGGGAAAUGUUGGAAAGAAAAUGGAUUAAAGGUAUGCCGACCGUUUCUGUAUACUUUGGUACUAUUGUAGCUGAGUCGAAUUGUUCACUAGACUAGACGAUAACAAAGGCGCUUGACAAAUAGCACUUCUCUGUGACUUAACGCGCUUUUUCCGCGCACUUACUAAAACAAAUUCACUGUCUUCUGUAUAGAAUGUUUUCUACUUCCCAUCUGGUUUUGUUUUUACCUAUAUUAAGAACUGUAACAGUUUGUCCACACCAAAAGCAAUUAAUUAAUCCAUAUUCGUUUUAUUAUUCGUCACAAUUACGAGCUAUUACAGUUCACUCUAUAAAUAACUUACAAAGUUUGUACUAAGUUCUUUGUAUGUUUGCAUGGUGAUAAAAUAUAAUAGGUUUUGUUUGUGGAAACACCACGUAAAUUUAUUACUGCAAGUAAUAAAUUUACGUGGUGUUUCCACAAACAAAACCUAUUAAAGUUUGUACUACUGUUACCUAAGUUAAACAGUCCCUAUUACAGUGUAUAACAGUACCUACCAACAGUACCUAUAUAAGCUAGGUCAGUAAUUUGAACAGAAAUCCAAGCUUCCGACUUGUCAAUGUGGUAUGUUUUGACAUUUUGAGGUUUGCUGAUCCACGUCCCAAAAAUGCAGUUCGAUUUAACCGGGUAAAUUUGACCAAUGAUGAAUUUUGUUCGAGUUAAGCGAUUUCGAGUUAGCGGGAUUGUACUCUAUGUAAAAAUGAGCAACAGACCAUUUACAUCAUGUAAAUAAAUUACUCAACUUGAAUCUUAUGUGGUGAACGUUUUCCCUAGAUUCUACGCCACCGGACGUUCGUUACACCAACCAGCCACCCAAAGUGUCGAGAGAUACAGUCAUCUUCAAAUGGCGUUCAUCAGAAGCAGCAUCAUUCGAAUGUGCCCUGGAUGACACCAGGCAAGCUACUCGACCGUGUGGAAGCGGUACCACUGGCGAGAGGAGACUUACUAAUCUUCCCAUAGGUUCUCGAGUGUUCUGGGUUCGUGGUACCGACACUGCCGGCAAUGUCGGUCAGUUUGUUUCUCAUAGCUGGACUGUGGGUGAGUAUAAACGUCGAGUUCUACUCAAGAAAAUUUUUCACGGACAGAAAAUUUUCCGAAAAUAUCAUUGUUAAAAGCUGAACAUCUUCAACUUCAAAAUUUGUUUCCGAUGGAAAAUUUGUGUCGGCCAAUUUUUAUUUCCGUGGAAAAUUUUCUUCAGUGGAAAUGGUCCUUAAUUCGGAGUUGAGAGUGUUCAACAGGGUUCGUAUAAAACUUGAAAGUCCAUGAAUUUGUAAAGAAGUACUUGAAAGUCCUUAAAUUUUUCUUGUUUUAGUUUUUGGAUCUUUUCUGAAAUUGUUUGACAUUCAAAACGGACAUUUUGUUGAAUUGAUUUGGCAUGUUCAUAUCGGGCAACGCUGUUUGAAACUCAUUAAAGUUGCGUUUUGAAAAUUUCAACGUCAGAUUUUACUGACUUCUAACCCCUUUCCUUCAGCAUUUAGUCCUUGGAUUUGCUGACACAUGGCCUUGAAUGUCCUUGAAAAGCCCUUGAGUUGAAUUUGACUCUUUCUCACAUGUACUGUACGAACCCUGGUUCAACCUACCUCCUGAUAAAAAUUCAAGUUCUGAAACCUUCCUUAAAAUAAUGUAAAUUAAUACGGCUUUUUCAAAUAUAAACUAUAAACAACAAAUAUAAACUACAGGGUUUAUAAUUGCAGCUGGUACCGCCAUUUCACAGCACUAGCAGACACCUUCUAAAUUAGUCUUAAUUAAUUGAACGCUUAAUAGGAUGUUUGACUUAUUUUCACAGACACCAAUCCACCAGGUAUUGAGUUCACCGGAGACCUUCCUUCCUUCUCUAAGAAGUCUAAAACAUUCUCUUGGAAAUCUAACGAAGACUCGCUGUUUGAAUGUGCUCUGGAUAACAUGGCAAACUUUGGCCCGUGUGGCAAUGGAAUGAAAGGCAAUCAUACACUACAAAACCUCACGGAAGGAAGGCAUACUUUCUAUGUUCGCGCUAGAGAUCGGCUGGACAAUGUUGGCAAUCCUAUUUCACACUCGUGGAUCGUGG